CAGUCUGGAACUCCUGGCCCCUGGAACAUCUACGAAUCGCCCGCUCGAGAUCUACGAGAUCUGAGUGAGCGCAUUAAGGAAAUCUAGGUUCUGGGACGACACUCCCAAGGAGAAUCCCUUCGUGCACUAAAACCUCUGAAAACACAUGCUCGAGCUGUUGUAUCUGGUGCUUGUCGUCGCUCCCCCCUCCCCCCGUUUCUGUCUGCGUCGUUUGAGCGAGCGCUUGCGAGACGGCCACUAGCGGAAGAGUGUGGGGUUGUAUUAGUUUGGGUUUCGUAAAUCGGCGGGUGGAGAGGAGAACCCAGUAACGAGGUUUCGUUUGGUUGAUUGGGCGGCAGAGGUGGGUUAGCUAUGGCGGACGCGGGCGCGGAGAAGAAGGUUUACACUUUGGAGGAGGUGUCGGGGCACAACCACGCCAGGGAUUGCUGGCUCAUCAUCGGUGGGAAGGUUUACGAUGUUACCAAAUUCCUUGAAGAUCAUCCAGGAGGUGACGAGGUUCUGCUCUCUGCUACUGGAAAGGAUGCCACUGACGACUUUGAGGAUGUUGGUCACAGCACCAGUGCGAGAUCCAUGAUGGAUGACUACCUCGUCGGUGACAUUGACCCUUCCUCAUUCCCUGACAAGCCCACAUUCCAGCCCGCCAAGCAAGCUGCAUACAACCAUGACAAAAGCUCCGAAUUUCUCAUCAAGAUAUUGCAGUUUGUUGUUCCUCUUGCCAUUCUUGCGCUGGCAAUUGCUGUGCGAUUUUUGACGAAGAAUGAAGACGUCAAGAAAAUCGAGUAAAAGGUUCUCUUUUAUUCUCUUAUUAGUUGUUUAUUACAUGGUUGCUAGCUGUGGCGGCAUCUGGUACUUCGUGCAUUAAAAGGCAAACAACACCAGAAGUUCCUUGUGCAACAGCCGGGUGGUAAGGUAGGUAUUGGGUAGAGAUUCAGCGCCUUCCUACGUAUCAUGUAGGAAUGUAGUUACCAAAACUUACAUGGAGGGGCAUCAAUAUGACUAGUGAACGGAGGUUAUGUCUUUUCCUUUUAUCUGAAGUACAAUAACUAUUAUUCGGGAGUUUUUGGGUGACCUGGUUCAGUACACUUCUGAACAUUGUUUACGAUCAGGAGUGCAUUGUUAUGCUUCCUUGACACGUGUUAAUUGAAACUGUUACGGUAGCAUGUCCUGCUUGUAAUAGGGUUACCAAUGUUUUGAUCA